AUGGUCAAAAUAGCAGUUGCAGGUGGCUCUAGCAAUGUCGCUGCGGAGAUGAUUGAUGUCCUUGUUGCAACUGGAAAACAUGAGAUUUUACUGCUGUCCCGGAAGGAGGCUUCCACCGACGUUGCAAUUCAGGGCACGACUUGGAUCCAGGUAGAUUACCGAAGCCAGGCGCAAUUGAUGCACGCACUCAAGGGAGUACACACUUUGCUCUCGUUCGUCACCGAACAAGAAGAUCCCGACAGCCCGCUUCAAAAGAACCUUAUCAAGGCUGCUAUCGAGGUUGGUGUGAAGCGUUUUGCACCCAACGAAUGGGCAACUUCUGGGAUUGUCAGCUGGUACUCGUACAAGAGCGAGACUCGUCGUUACCUUCAGGAACUGAACAAGGAGCAUCAGGUUAUAGAGUAUACACUCUUCCAGUGUGGUCUCUUCCUGAACUACUUGACAAGCCCUUACAAAUCCGCAAAACAUCUUCGGCAAAUGCAGACGCCCUUUGACUAUCAUCAAGGUCGAUGCAUCAUUGCUGAGGGUGGCAAUGACAGCCGUAUCACCUUCACAACUGUUCAGGAUCUCGCCCAAGUUGUUGCCAGGGCUAUAGACUACGAGCAUCCAUGGCCAGUCGUCAGCGGCAUCUCCGGAGUCGAGAUGUCUCUGAAACAGAUGAUUGAGCUGGGAGAGAAGAUAAGAGGCAAACCAUUCAAAAUCGAAGAAAUGCCCAUCGAUGAGCUGAAAGACGGAACAUGGAGAAGCUCAUGGUCGCCAAAGAUCGACCAUCCAGCUAUGCCGCCUCAAGAGAAUGACGAGAUUUCGAGAUUUAUGGUGGCUGAAAUUCUUCGAGGCAUCUCGGCUGGAGACUUUUUAUGCUCUGACGAGUGGAACAAAUUGCUGCCGGACUUCGAAUUCACUCAGGCGGAGGAGUUCUUAAACAGUGCCUGGGAUGGUAAACCAUAG